AUGGCAGAUCAUCGCUCGCUUGAUAUAAUUCGUUCUCACAACGAUGGCAGUGGUCAAGAUAUACAAGAGUCCUCUGAGGAAAAAUACCCCGAGAACAUUGACGAUGAACGCACGUCUACCGUAGCUGCAAAGUCUGGUGACCUACCUCCAGAUGGCGGAUAUGGCUGGAGCUACGGCGUGUUCCUUGCUUACUAUCUCUCUCACGAUGUAUUCCCCAACACCUCGGCACUUAUGUAUGCCUUCACUGGUGGCUUGAGUAUAUCCUGCGCUCUCCUCGUUGCGCCUCUGGCCACCUACCUCAUCCAUGUCUUGGGGACGCGUGCGGUCCUGAAUAUUGGUGUCUUUUUCGAAACACUCAGUCUGAUAGCAUCUUCAUUCGUUUCUCAGCGUUGGCAGAUAUUUCUCAGUCAAGGCGUCUGUUUCGGUAUCGGUAUGGGAUUUCUAUUCGUUGGCAGCGUGGGAAUCACGCCCCAAUGGUUCCAUCGUCGACGAAGUCUUGCUAUGGGCAUCAAUGCUGCUGGAUCUGGCCUAGGAGGACUAACCUACUCUCUUGCCGUGGGAGCAAUCAUCCCUCGGCUAGGGCUUAGUUGGGCAUUUCGAAUAUUAGGGAUUGUUUCCUGCGUUGUGAACCUAGUGUGUGCGAACUUGCUGAGAGAUCGCAAUACAGCUGUUGGAAGCCGCUUCAAAGCAUUCCACUUUCCACUUUUCAAACGCCCAGAGUUUCUUCUCUUUCUUGGUUGGGGUAUAUUUUCCAUGCUUGGCUAUGUCGCGAUCCUAUUUAGCAUGUCAAAUUUCGCCGUCUCAGUUGGUCUCUCCGCCCACCAGGCGAGUAUUAUUAGCGCCCUGCUCAACCUCGGCCAAGGACUGGGACGACCCUUUGUUGGUAUGUUCAGUGAUAAACUUGGCCGGAUCAACAUCGCAACUUUCCUUUCCUUCCUCUGCGGAGUCUUCUGUCUGCUGAUUUGGACAUUUGCCCGCAGUAUGGGCCUUGUGUCCUUUUUUGCUGUGCUUGUUGGCACUGUUGCUGGCACUUACUGGGCCACUGUGGCCCCAGUGUUGGCUGAGAUUAUCGAUUUGAAAGACCUACCCGGUGGUCUUAGCAUCACCUGGAUUGUCCUGGUGGCACCGACAACCGUGGCAGAGCCCAUCGCACUGUUAUUACGUGAUAACGACUCUCCCAGCCGCAUUUAUCUACAUGUGCAACUUUUCACCGGCCUGAUGUAUAUUGCGGCCGCGGUAUGCCUCUGGACAGUUCGAGGCUGGAAAGUGGGAGAAAACCUUCGCGUCAAGCAAGAAAAGUCAGCGGUUGCCGUAGAGACAGAUAAAAAAGACGAAAGUGUUGUUCUGCAGCAGCAAAGCGGCGGAACUGGUGCGAGCCGGUCACAACAGUCUACAAAGACAGCUGUUUGGUAUCCGCAUGCUCUCAUGCGCGGGAUGGUAUCAGCCAAGAAGGUUUAG